AUGUAAAAAUAAUCAUUAAUUCUUUAGUAAAAGGCUCCAAAGAAUAUAAAUGAACUUGAAUAAGCAUUUAAAUUAAUAGAUUAGAAAUUAGAUUCUCCAAAUUCAUAAUUAUUACUAAUGAAAACUAGAUUUAAAAUCUAUUGA